UGGCAACACUGCCUAUGAAUGGUAAAAAUUGAUAUUAAAUAACAUUUCAAUCUGUGACAAAAGGUUUAUACAAAGGUUUAUAAAUAAAUAUAAGAGGGAUGGACAGUAUUGUUUCCGUUGAAGGGCAUUUUGUGGACUUAAUUGAUGACCAAUGGAGAUCUGAUAAAUUGCCUGAAGACGAUAUUGCAGUUCCAACCUAUGAAUUGGCUGAUCCCGAAGCAGACUCAGGUGACGUUCACUUAACUUUAAAGGAACAAGAGCAAAAGUGGACAGAUAUUCUAUUAAGCUCUUUAAGUGAACACCAAUAAUAUGGAACUACCACAAAUAGGCAAACAAUGCCACAAACCUAAUUGUAAACAAUUGGAUUUUCUACCAUUGCAAUGUAAAUGUUUAAAACUGUUUUGUUCAGAGCAUUUCAAUGACCAUGUAAGAUUAUGUGAGAAAAGCAGGUAUUUGAAUGAAAGUGAAUUAAAGAAAAUAACAGAGGUUUACAAAUGUACUCACCUUAAUUGUAAAGUAACUGAUGUGGUGCCUUUAAUUUGCCAAAAAUGUAACAGACAUUUUUGUGUGAAACAUCGACAUAUUGAAUGUAAAGUUGGAGAUGAAAAAACUUUACCAGAUGAAAGGAAAAGGUAUGCCAAACCUGUUCAAGAAUUUGAAAUUGCUAAAAAUGCUGUGGAUAAACAGGUCGCAGAAAACUUAAAUAAAGUAAAGAAGAAACAAAAAAAUGGACAGCUGGCCAAUCAAGUUCAACUCAUGAAAAUUAAAAAUAAAGCUACAGGUUUAAAAACUAUUCCAACUACAGAUAGAGUAUAUUUUAAUAUUCAAUUUCCAAAAUGUUUGGGUUCUAAAUUUUUCCCAGUUUUUGUAUCAAAAACAUGGACUGUUGGGAGAAUAAUCGAUGCCAUUGCAAGUUUAUGCAAAAUAGCUAAUAACAACAAUAAAGCAAGUGAGAACAAAUUGAGGCUGUUUAAAAAAGAUACUGGAGAAAUUAUAACAAGGAAUAUUGCUGAUAGUUUGGAAGUUUUAAUGAAAACUGAGGUAAUUUUGGAUGGGGAAAAUUUAAUAAUUGAAUAUGUAGAAGAUUCUUGUUUACAAUUAGAUUAUAUUUUACAAUAAAACUUUCCUAUUUGGACA